CCAACCCCUAAAACAACAACAAUCAAGAUGUCCCCAAAAUCAACCUACCUAACAAUCUACAACACAAUCAACGCCCUCCUCUGGGCCCGCAUCCUCCUCACCCUCCUCACCACCCUCCUCUCCCCGCACCCAUCAACAACAACAAGAGUAUACACAGCCCUCGAACCAACCACAAAAUGGACCCAAACCCUCGCCAACCUCGAACUCCUGCACUCCGCUCUCGGAAUAACAAACUCCCCCCUCUUCACAACCUUCACGCAAAACUUCGCCCGAACCGUACAAGUCUGGGCCAUAAACCACGCGUUCCCAGACGUCACCGCCAGCUCAGCGGCGUACGCAGCCAUGGUGGGCGCGUGGUCGCUGGCUGAUGCCACGCGGUAUACGUAUUUUGCGGUGCUGAGUUCGUCCACGACAAGCACCGGGAGAAAAGUACCCGGGUGGUUGAAGUGGUUGCGGUACUCGCUGUUUCUGGGGUUGUAUCCCGUGGGGAUUGCGGGGGAGUGGUGGUUGAUGUUUCGGGCGUUGCGGGUGACGGGGAGUUGGUGGGUGGUUGCUCUGUUUGGGUUCUUUUUGGGGUUGUAUUUGCCUGGCUCCGUCAUGAUGUAUAAGUAUAUGGUUAGGCAGAGGCGGAAGGUUUUGGCUGCUACUGCUGCUGCUGCUGAUUCUUCUUGA